CAGGGUACUUGGAUUUUCCUCUACAAAGUUGAGGAAGUAGCUACCCGAAGUGGUAUGCAGAUACUGUCCAUGAAUGAUUGCCUGUGUUAGCACUGACAUUGUCGUAGCUCUAGUUGUGUUACGGCUUUGCAUUGGCUAGUUUAGGUCGCACUUCGAACAUUUAAUGGAUGUUUGUAUGCAGCAGAACCCAGUGAGCAGGUGCAUGGAACAUGAUCUGAAAAGACAUGAUAGCUGAGCCAACUUUAGUCAACAAACCAGUUCAAAACGAGAACGAAAUUGUGGAAAUUAGUUCUCCUGGCUCUGGCAACCGUGCCAAUGGAGGUGGCGGCAAUGAAAACAGACAGAAGACUGUGAGACCGAAGAGGAAGGCAAGUGAGGGUUUGGAGAAUGCCAAACGCCGGCACUCCCGGAGCAGCAAUGGGAGCUCGGGGCGGGCGGAGAACGGCCGUCCCAAGAAGAGCGACACCAAGUCAGUCACACUGUUCGAGGUGGUCACCAUGGAGCUACCCGCCAUCCAGCCGGUGGUGGAUGAGUGGAUCGAGGCCUAUGCAGUGGACAGAGACACCGCUCUCCUGGACCUCAUCAGCUUUUUCAUCCAGUGCUCAGGCUGCAAAGGCCUGGUCACAGCAGAGAUGUUUCAGAGCAGAGACAUUGAUGUGAUGAGCAAAAUGAAGGAGGAUGUCGAUGAGGGCUCUGGGUUGCAGUACAAGAGGUUCAUGGCGUUCCCCUGGAUCCUCACGGUCACUUGGCCCAUGGAGAAGAACUCUGGUGAGUACCCGCUGAUCAUCACCACCCAGUAUUGGCGCCGCUUCCGCUCCCAGUUCUGUGAGUUUGUGUCGGUGCUGGUGGCCCGCUGUCAGAGCUGCUUCAUCUUCGACGGCUACCUGAUGAGCACUCUCAUCUCCCUGCUGACCGAGCUCUCCGACUCGCGCCUCUGCGCCUUCAGGCACACCUGCACGCUGGCAGCGGUGAAGCUGCUGAGUGCCCUGGUCAACCUCUGCCUGAGCGUGGACAACAGCCAGAAGCUGCUGGAGGUGGAGAGGUCCAAGUACGCCGCCUCCCCCUCCCCCCGCCUGGAGAGGAUCCAGAGGAAGGUCCAGGAGCUGCAGGAGAAGAGGAUGGAGCUGGAGAGCAUGAUGGAUGCCAUCUUCAAGGGCGUCUUCCUCAAGCGGUACAGGGACAUCAUGGGGGAGAUCAGGGCCAUCUGUAUGGAGGAGCUGACGGUGUGGAUGCGACUGUACAACAACAUGUUCCUCAACGACAGCUACCUCAAGUACAUUGGCUGGAUGAUGCACGACAAGCAACAGGACGUUCGGCUGAAGUGUGUGUCUGGGCUGCAGGCCCUGUACCAAGACGAGGAGCUCAGCCUGAAAAUGGACCUCUUCACCAUCCGCUUCAAGGAGAGAAUGAUUUCAAUGCUGCUCGAUAAGGACCAUGAGGUGUCCUUGCAGUCUAUGAAGCUACUGAUUUGUGUCGCCAAGUACUGUGACGACGCCUUCUCUCAGGAUGACUUCAAGCACAUGUUCCAGUUUGUCUACUCCUCAAACCGGCCCAUGGCUGCGGCCGCAGGAGAACUGCUGUACAGCAGGCUGCUGAGUGAGCCUGACUUGCCCCGCAUGCCAGACUUCACAGAGGGAGAGAAAUACCGGGCCCUGACGCUGGCCAGAGUACGGGCCCUCAUGCACUUCUCAGACGAGAGCGAGCUGCAUGAGCAUGUGGUGUAUCUGGUGGACAGCCUGUGGGAGUGUGGAGGAGCUCUCCUGAGGGACUGGGACGCACUCGCCUCUCUACUGCUGCAUCCCACACCACCCACCGCCUCCCCCUCCGCACAGGACCAAGUUGUGAGCACUACUGAACUUCGCUUUGUGCGGGAGCUCCUGUUGGCCUCAGUGAGGCAGGCUGCUGAGGGCCCUCCACAAGCCGGCAGAGUCGUCGGCAAAAAGCCGUUGGUGAUGGCUUCUAAGGAGAAGAGGAGCCGUCCGGAUGACUGUGCUGGCCUGACUCCUCGCCUGUUAGCAGUGCUGCCCAAGCUGCUGGCUAAGUACUCUGAUGACGUGGAGAUCAUGACGUCACUGCUGAAGAUCCCGCAGUACUUCCAGACGGACACCUACCGAGAGGAACACACAGAGUCUCUGCAGGCGCUGCUGGAGCAGAUGGAGGCUGCGUUGAGUGUCCACAGGGAGCAGGCGGUGUUGGAGGCGGCCGCCCGCUCCUACCUCACCCUGGGCUCCAAGGACUCUGCCUGGAGGGAGCCGGUCACCGCCGCCGUGGAGCAGCUCAUCCAGCGCUGGAACACCAGCCUGGGGGCCCUCCUACAUGUCGCACUCAAGGACGGAAAGUUCACUGAUGAAAAUGGGAGGGCUGCAGAAAUUUUGUCUUCACUGAAGAGACUUACUGUUUUCCAUAAUGGUCUAGACAUGUCGGGCAGGGGCCUGUUUGACCAGGUCUACAAACUGCUGGUAGCAGAGACCAGGCAUGGAGGACUGCCGCCAGAGGUGGUUGUGGAGGCUCUGCGCUGCGUGGGUCUGUCCAUCCUCUGGGAGUUCCACAGGUCCGGGGAGGUGGAGGCCUCCAGAGAGGCUGUGAUCCGCCUGAGGACCCAGUUGCGAGCCUACUGUGAGAAAUGCCAUCGCUGCCUGAGCCACAUGGAGCAGCCAGUCAGGGAACAGGCGUUCAUGUCUCUGUGUGACAUGCUGGUGGCCCAUAACUACCAGCUGCUGGUGUGGGAGCCGUCGUCGGGCAGCCCCCUGCUCCUCUACGCCCCCGACCCCAAGCUGCAGAAGGCCCUGGUCACCUUCAUCCUGGACCACGUCUUCACCGCGCCCGAGACCGACGGACACAGCAGCCGCGGAGGAGGAGAGAGCAGAGUGACUGGUCUGACUAGUCUGGAUACGGAGGCGGGUCUGACGCGUCUGGAGGACCUUCAUAAGCGGCGCAGCCUGCUGGCAGCCUACUGCAAACUCAUCACCACCGGCAUCCUGGAGAUCAGCAUGGCCGCAGACAUAUUCAAACAGUACAUGAAGUACUACAACGAUUUUGGUGACAUCAUCAAAGAGACUCUGAACAGGACGCGGCAGAUGGACAAGAUUGAGAGUGCCCGGACCCUGAUGCUCUGUCUGCAACAGCUGUAUCUGCGUCUGCGUGCGGAGCAGGAGGGCAGGUCUAGUGGGCGGAGGAGUGAUGUCCAGACCUACAGCAGCAUUAAGGAGCUGGCCCGACGCUUCUCCCUGACCUUCGGCUGGGACCAGACCAAGUCCCGCGAGUCCCUCGCCAUGAUACACAGGGACGGCAUAGACUUUGUCUUCAAGGGUUUCGUGCAGCACUCGGACCGGCCGGUUCCCCUCAACAUCACAUACCUCACCAUCCUCAGCGAGUUCUCCAGCAAGCUGCUCAAGCCAGACAAGAAGACUGUCUUCAGCUACCUGCAGAAGUAUGCGGGGGAGCACAGUGUGAGCCACCGUGAGGAGGUGUGGAAGCCCCUGGUGUACUACCGCGCCUCCCUGCAGGCCACGGCCGAGGGGGACGACCACGUCUCCUACAUCAGCUGCGACAGCAACCGGCCCUCCGUCUCCUCCAUCUCACGCUGCCCCUCCGCACCAAGACCCAGCUCAGAUGCUACUGGUGACUUGAAGACCUCAACUCCACUCCCUGUAGACUCCAGACUCAGACCCGGCCAGAGGCCCCCACACAGCUCCAUUGAGAGUCAGGAGGCGGAGCCGCUCCCCGCCAUCAGUGAAGGGCCACAGACGGCCACAGACAGCAUCUCCCAGGCUUCAGCAGAUCUGCCCGAGUCCUUCAACGACGAGGUGGAUGUGGACACCAUAUAGGACCUCCAAGCUACCUUGAUCAUCUGAAUACCUCUGGACUGAAUGGGCCUGCAUAGUAUCUGCUGGAAGCCAUUGGGUUUUUUGGUAUUUAGAUGUUUUUUAAAAACUGUAGCAGAGACGGUAGUCUGGGUUCUCUGGGACCUCUAUUUCAGAUCUGCUGUGAAGAGACAGUGCUUGGUUUCUUUGAGCUGAUUAGUGGGUUGUGUGAUCUCCGAAGGUCUUGGAUCUCUGCAGUGGAAGCUGUCUCAUGGCAAAUCAAACCACACCACAAUCAUCACCACCCUCAAACACCACAGAGGAACACCAGGAAUGGCUCUUUGUAGAGCUAGCUCUCAAUGGUUGACUUUCAAAGGCAGGCGGUUGCAACGAUGGAAAAGUUAACAGAAAAGUUUUUUUUUUCUUGCGCACAGUUGAAGCAAUUCCACCUUUUUCUUUUUCUCAGCCGAGUUAUACAUAAUAGGAAGGAUUCAUGAAAUGGAAGGGCAUCUUGUGUUUUCAGGCCUUCCAAGAUAUCAAUAUGUUUUUUGUACUGAAUAUUCCAGAAUGGUGGCAGAGAUGGUGCUCUAGAAACAUUGUCACUCUAGAAUCUUUGGUGCUCUAGAAUAUUUAUUUAUACUCCACUGGUCGCAGCUGAUUAUUAUGUACCGUUUUUUUUUUGUAAAAUUAUCUUAUUUAUCCUACAUGGCUACCCAGAUGUAAAGACAAUAAGGAACAUCAUUUAAAAAAUUCCUUUUUAUAUUGUGAAGUGAAAGCCCAACCGGGAAACUCCAACUCCCAUUGACAUUAUGACACUCCACACUCCACAGCACACAAGUGUUCACUGCACACAAUGAAAUUGCAUUUAUGCCUUACCCGUGCUAGGGGGCAGCCCUCAAUAGCGCCCGAAAGUGAGCAGUGCAGUGGGACGGUACCAUGCCCAAGGUACCUCAGUCAUGGAUGAUGGGGGAGAGCACUGGUUAAUUACUCCCCCCACCAACCUAGCGGGUCGGGAGUCGAACUGGCAGCCUUUGGGCUACAAGUCUGACGCCCAAACCGCUUACCCAUGACUGCCCUAUUUUAUAUUCACCCACCCCACCAUUUACUGUAUCUGUAUAAUAUUGACGCAUUGUGAGGUUCAUUUGUAAUUUUUUACUUGAGAUUUAUCCUCUGAGGGGAUUUAUUUUCUGAUCAUCAAUAAGCCUAGUCUUCUCUUUACAAUUUUAUGGUUAUGGCAUGCCGAUUUUAUUUUAGAAUAUGCAUUUUUGUUUUUCAUGCUGUAGGGCACAAUGGUUUUAAAUAUGUUUUCAAAAAGCCUCUUUGGUUAUACUGUACUGUACAUCACUUCAACACAGUCCUGCUUUAGUUAUGUUGGUUUAAGAUUUUUGUUGGCUUAAAGUAAAUAUUGCCAUGGCAAACAGGAAACAUA